AUGUCGCGAGCGCUGGGCGAUCUCGCAUACAAGAACCUCGCCACGGAACAUACGUCGAUCGGAUGUCCGGAAAGCGAUAGUAGAGAGAUACCCGACGCACCUGGGGUGCAGGACGGUCUUCUCUCGAGCGAACCCUUCAUCACGAGGAUGACCCUUGCAGAGCAUGGGGCGUACAUCCUAGCGCUGACCUCGGACGGAGUCACGGACCAGCUUGAGGAUUCGGAGAUUCUGAAUCGACUCUCGGAUUCCUGGGAUGCAGAUCCACGAGCUCAGCGCGCCGCUCGCAUUCUAGUGUCCGAGGUGGGCCAUCGACCGCGGAGUGACAUGCCACCUGCAUCGCGGUGUUCAUGA